AUGUAUCUAGACAUGAAUUUUAACAUGGCUUAUUUAAUAGAUUCCAGAUCAAUACACACUGUAUAUGAUGAUGAUGCUCCAAUUAAUAAAAAACUACCAAAAGAGUUAUUGUUAAGGAUAUUUUCAUUUUUAGACGUUGUUUCGUUAUGUAGAUGUGCACAAGUUUCAAAGUUUUGGAAUAUUUUAGCGUUAGAUGGUAGUAAUUGGCAGCGUGUGGAUUUAUUUGAUUUUCAGAAGGAUGUUGAGGGACCGGUUGUAGUAAAUAUAUCAGAGAGAUGUGGUGGAUUUUUAAAAUCGUUAAGUUUGCGUGGAUGUCAGUCUAUAACAGAUAAAGCAUUACAAAUUUUUGCUAAUUCUUGUAAAAAUAUUGAAGUACUUAAUUUAAAUAAUUGUAAGAAGAUAACUGAUAUAACGUGUGAAAGUUUAGGUAAAAAUAGUAAGAAAUUGUUAAAGUUGAAUAUUAGUUCCUGUUCAGAGAUAACUGACAAUUCUUUAAAAGCUGUAAGCGAUGGGUGUAAGUUAUUAGAGUCUCUAGAUAUAUCAUGGUGUAGUAAAUUAUCAGAUAAUGGUUUGGAAGCUUUAGCUCAUGGCUGUCCUAAAUUAUCAUCAUUUAUUUGUCAAGGUUGUAAUCAGCAAUUAACAGAUGAUUGUAUUCAUGAAAUAGGACGGAAAUGUCAUAAUUUAUUUUAUCUGUGUGUAUCAAAUUGUCCUAGAUUAACAGAUGCCUCACUUAUAUCAUUAGGAAACUGUUCAGAGUUGGGUGUAUUAGAAGUUGCUGGAUGUAACCAUUUAACAGACAAUGGUUUUCAAACAUUAGCCAGAACAUGUAAUAAAUUAGAGAAGAUGGAUUUAGAAGAGUGUAUACAGAUAACUGACGCAACACUAGCUCAUUUAGCAACGUAUUGUACCAAAUUAUCAGCCCUUAGUCUUUCUCAUUGUGAAUUAAUAACAGAUGAAGGCAUUCGUCAUAUUGGAUCUGGACCUUGUGCUACAGAAUAUUUACAAGUUUUAGAAUUAGACAAUUGUCCUUUAAUAACUGACGCAUCAUUAGAACAUUUAAUGGGAUGUCAAGGUUUAGAACGUAUAGAGUUAUAUGAUUGUCAGUUAAUAACUAGAGCUGGUAUACGGAGAUUACGUACACAUUUACCAGAUAUUCGAGUCCAUGCUUAUUUUGCUCCAGUCACCCCUCCACCAUCAGUAGGGGGUGGAAGACAGAGAUAUUGUAAAUGUUGUGCCAUACUUUGA